AUGUCCGCCUGGCUAAGAAGUAGCGCUAAUAGCGUAAAGGUCGCGGCUCUCAUGUGCCAGUACCCGCUUGACCAGUUUGCUUCGAAGCUGAAGAAGUACGAGAGGCUUGACAUCCAGCCCCAGCAUGGCGACAGCUCAAGCAAGUCAGAAAAGCUGAAGUCCUGGGGGCGGAAGGUUCAGUGGGGCGUCGGCAUGGAAAAGGAUGUCGUGGAGCUUCGGGCGUACAUUGCAACCCACGUGGGCAGUCUGAAUAUGCGGCUCAUUACUAUCGGCCUAUCUACAACCUUCUCCAACACGGAACAGAGCCGAACUGAAACCUCUACUUUGCAAAGCAAGGUUGAGGAGGUUCACAGUGGGGUUGAACAAUCAAGGCGUGAACAAGUGCAACAGGGUUUGAUGAUCACCAAGGCCGCUUCCUUGCUACAAAAGCUUUCCGAUUUAGUAUCAAAUGGUAUUGGAGUUCGGCUCGAAACCAUGAUCGAGCUUGCUCAGAACAUAUGGAAAUCGAACCUUCGAAUUAUGGCCAUCGUAACCCAGCUCCAGAGCCAACCUCCAAGGCCAGACACGGGCCGAACCUGGUUCCAGGAUCCUGUAAGAUUCGAAGAUGCGCUUGGCCGUGUCCUGCCCAUUCCGUCAGAGUACGGCUGGAGUAAGGUACAUGCGAUCAUCUUAGACCACUUUUCGACGGGUCCCGGGAGUGGCAAAGUCAAAGCGGAGGAGUAUCUGCUCUUCAACUCCCUGGACUCAUCGCAGAUACUCUUGCAGGCUCGCACCGAGAGCCUGAUGCCUGGAAUGAGUAUCACUAUGGCUUUUAUCAUCGGCCGACACGGUCCCACCACUCUAGGCAACUGCCCGAGGGCUGGAUGCGUAUCAAGCAAGAUUGAAACCAGCGACGCUGGCGGCAAAUUCUGUCCACGAAGUCGCUCCCGCGAAGAAACACAUGCCGAUACUAUUCCCAACCGAAAAGAUACAGGCAGUGUCAAUGCUAGACUUGAGGAAGAGCGCGCAUUCAAGAACAUAUUGAUCAAUUUCACGGAUCUCCGGGAGGCCCUGCAGUGCGUUGAGCCUGGCUGCGGCCAGGCUUUUAACCAUCCCCAUAAGCUAAAGCAUCAUCAGCGCUACCAUACCAAGGAGCACAAGUGCCCUUAUCCAAAUUGUGCUAAAGGAUUCGGAACUAGGACUCACCUCCAACGGCAUAUCAAUGACCGCCAUGAGAGGAGUAAGAAGCUUUAUUGUUCAGUGCCGGAAUGCGAUUACUCUAGGCAAGGAGGCAAGGGCUUCCCUCGCAAGGACAACUGGCAACGACAUAUGCUCAGGGCCCACAACAUGGACCAACCUUUCAACAUGGACCAACUAUCUCCACCGGAGCCUGUGAUAGUCGAUCUCGAGAGGGAUGUAGGGAACUCUUAA